AUGGCAUCACCGUGUCACGUUGAUUUCAUCGACAAUGCUAUGUUUUGCGACACGAUGUUUGCAUUAGCAUAUACUGAUUCCGACCAAAAAUGGCUUAUACGAGAGCAUUUGCUUUCUAUUCUUAGAGAAUUUCCGUCUUUGCAUCCUACUAUUGAUACAUUUAUUCAUAACGAUGGAAGCACGGUGAAGUUACUAAAAGUUGAGGGCAAUUUGCAUAUCUCUCACUCGUUGCCUUUGACCCAUAUAAACAUUUGGAUCCAUGAGCACUACCCUCAUGUGGCACCUAUCGUUCAAGUAUCGUUGGAUCCAUCUAACCCAAUUCGUCCAAACCAUCCAUUUGUGGAUGUUUCGGGUGUGACAACCUCAUCUUAUCUCCACACUUGGAGUCCUUUUGGGUACAACUUAGUGGGUCUUGCAUACAAUUUGGUAAGACUAUUUUCAUUAGACCAUCCAUUCUCUUUAGUUAGUACUGACCGUAACAUGUGUCACCUCUCUUACAUGUCCAAAAUGGAAUGUAUGGAUCGGCUUUGGUGGAUGCUUCACUAUGACAUAAUUACAUUGAGUGAAAACACAAACAACAAAAUUGAAAAGCUUACUACUCUUCAAGGUGAGAUGAAGAUGCGUGGUGACGUUAUAGACAACAUUAUCACGGGACUAGAACAUGAACGGGCGGGUCUAAAGCAAAGAGUCAAGGAAAUGACGGAUGAGGCUGAUAUGUUGAUAAACUGGUUGGCGGUGAACAAAGUAAAUUUAAGUGUGGCCUUGGGAGGGGAAGUGGAAGAUGCAUUUGAGUUUGAAGGCAAGGACGCAAACUUGGUGAUGGAGGGAUUAGCCGAAGAUAGGGCUUUAGAAGAUUUGAUGUAUGCAGUUGAAAAGGCUCACGAGAAAGGCGCUAUGAGCCAUGAAGUUUACAUUAAACAAAUUCGGGUUUUGGCAAAGGAUCAAUUCAUGAUUAGGGCCAAACUUAAGAAGUUAAGGGGUCCUAAAAUAUUCAAGUUUCUUGAUUUAAUCUUGUAG